GCAUGGAGCUCUUCCAAGCCAAGGACCACUACAUCCUCCAGCAGGGCGAGCGGGCGCUCUGGGGCCACCGCGCCGACGGCAGCCUCCAGCUCCGUCCCGCUACUGACCUUCUCCUUGCUUGGAAUCCAAUAUGUCUUGGGCUGAUAGAGGGAGUUAUUGGAAAAGUUCAGCUUCAUACAGACCUGCCAUGGUGGCUGCUUCUUGUUCGCCAAAAAGUAGUGGUUGGCAAGCUUCCAGGAGAUCAUGAAGUAUGCAAGAUAACAAAGAUUGCAGCAAUACCGCUUUCAGAAGCAGAACCUCAGGACCUGGAGUUGGAGCUCUGUAAAAAACAUCAUUUUGGGAUAGACAAACCAGAGAAGAUUACACAGUCUCCAGAUGAUUCUAAAUUUCUGCUGAAGACCUUCACUCAGAUUAAAUCCAAUGUUUCUACUUCUAAUAAAAAGAAGGUCAAAGAAAGUAAAGAGAAGGAGAGGCUAGAAAGGAGGCUGCUAGAAGAAUUGCUGAAAAUGUUUAUGGACUCUGAUUCCUUUUAUUACUGUUCGACUUAUGACCUAACAAACUCUGUUCAAAGACAAAGUGCGUGCGAGAAGGCCAACUUGCCGCUUUGGAAGAAAGUAGAUGACAGGUUCUUUUGGAACAAGCACAUGGUUCAAGACCUGAUCAAUAUUGGUAAUUCUGAAGUCGAUUUUUGGAUUACCCCAGUCAUACAGGGAUUUGUACAGAUCGAAGAGCUUGUAGUUAAUUAUAAUGAAGCUUCAGAUGAAGAGAAAAGCAGUCCGGAGACACCCCCUCAGGAGUCCAUUUGUGUGGAUGACAUUCAUCCAUGUUUUCUUGUGGCACUGAUCUCCCGUAGGAGUCGCCAUAGAGCAGGGAUGCGUUACAAACGAAGAGGGGUUGAUAAAAAUGGGAAUGUGGCAAAUUACGUGGAGACGGAACAACUGAUUCAUGUCCAUAACCACACCCUUUCAUUUGUUCAAACAAGAGGCUCUGUGCCUGUAUUCUGGAGUCAGGUUGGUUAUCGAUACAAUCCCCGGCCACGGUUGGACAAAUGUGAGAAGGAAACUAUUUCCUAUUUCUGUGCACACUUUGAAGAGCAAUUGAAAACGUACACAAAACAGGUUAUCCUUAACUUGGUGGACCAGGCUGGACGGGAGAAAAUUAUUGGCGAUGCUUAUCUUAAACAAGUUUUACUGUACAACAAUCCAAGCCUUACAUAUGUUUCAUUUGACUUUCAUGAACACUGCCGUGGAAUGAAGUUUGAAAAUGUUCAAACGCUAACAGAUGCCAUAUCAGACAUUAUUACUGAUAUGAAGUGGUGCUGGGUGGACCAAGCUGGCGUGAUUUGUAAGCAGGAAGGAAUUUUCCGAGUUAACUGUAUGGAUUGUUUGGAUCGAACCAAUGUUGUCCAGGCUGCCAUUGCUCGUGUAGUUAUGGAACAGCAGCUGAAGAAAUUGGGGGUGAUGCCGCCAGAACAGCCAUUGCCUGUGAAAUGCAAUAGAAUCUACCAGUUAAUGUGGGCUAACAAUGGUGAUGCCAUAAGCAGGCAGUAUGCUGGAACAGCAGCUUUAAAGGGUGACUUCACAAGGACUGGUGAAAGGAAACUGGCAGGAGUCAUGAAAGAUGGCGUUAACUCUGCAAAUAGGUACUACUUAAACCGCUUCAGGGAUGCUUAUAGGCAGGCAGUCAUAGAUUUAAUGCAGGGUAUUCCUGUGACGGAGGACCUCUAUUCCAUAUUUACAAAAGAGAAAGAACAUGAAGCUUUGCACAAGGAAAAUUUGAGAAGUCAUCAGGAGCUAAUUAGCCAGCUAUUACAAAGUUAUAUGAAGCUGCUUUUACCAGAGGAUGAGAAAUUCCAUGGUGGUUGGGCACUUAUUGAUUGUGACCCAAGCCUUGUCGAUGCCACUCACAAAGAUGUGGAUGUUCUGCUUCUGCUUUCUAAUUCUGCGUAUUAUGUAGCCUACUAUGAUGAUGAAGUAGAUAAAGUAAAUCAGUACCAAAGGCUGAGCCUUGACGAUUUGGAGAAGAUAGAAAUAGGACCUGAACCAACUCUCUUUGGAAAGCCCAAAUUCUCAUGUAUGAGGCUCCAUUAUAAGUACAAAGAUACAAGUGGAUAUUUUCACACUCUUAGAGCUGUAGUGCGGAACCCUGAAGAGGAUGGAAAAGACACUCUUCAGUGCAUUGCAGAGAUGCUGCGAAUCACUAAACAAGCCACGGGAACAGACUUGCUCAUUGUUGAGAGAAAACUGGAGAGAAAGAGCAGCAAACCCCAUGAAGACAUCAUUGGCAUCAGAUCCCAGAAUAGAGGCUCCCUGGCCCAAGGGAAGAAUUAUUUAAUGAGCAAGUUCUCCUCUCUCAAUCAGAAAGUAAAACAAACAAAAUCAAAUGUAAAUAUCAGCAAUUUUAGAAAGCUGGGGAACUUUCCCAAGCCUGAAAUGAAAGUAAACUUUUUAAAGCCCAAUCUGAAAGUAAAUCUUUGGAAGUCAGACAGUAGUCUUGAAACCAUGGAAAACCCCAUGACUGAUACUAAAGUCUGUGCAGAAUCGGACAUUGAGAUCUCGUCGGAUAAUGACUCGUUCCAUUCAGAUGACUUCCUUACAAAUUCUAAAUCUGAUGAGGAUCAGCAGUUUGUUGACUCCCUAGAGAGUGUGGGCCAGAUAGAUUAUGUCCUACCUAGCUGUGGCAUCAUUGCUUCUGUUCCUCGCCUGAGCAGUCGGUCCCAGUCUAUAAGCAGUUCUGACAUCAGCAUUAACAUGCCCGUUCCUUCCGAAAUCCAUAUUGAACAGUGUGGAGACCAAACUAACAGAUCUGAAUUUGCAGGCCAAGCACUUCAGGAAACUCCAUCCAAUGAGGAUGCAGCAGUGGAGUUUACUAAGCCAAUUGAUGCAUACUGCCACCGAUUUAUACAAGAUGCUCAAAAUAAGAUUACCAAUGCUUCAGAAAUAGAUGUCAGAUCUCAAGACCCUCACCAGGAAAUGGAUCGCAUUAGCAAUAAUUCUAAGAAAAUGGACCCUUGCGUUGGAAAAACUAAAGAGAUUCCUUCUAGACCAUCUAAAUUAGAUGUCCCACUUACAGAGCCAGGCUCACAGCUCUUAGGGGUUGAACAGGUUAAUUCUCCGAGGCCUCGUAAUACCCCAGGCUCUGCAUCUAGUGUUCUUGACGCUGAGCCUGGGUUUCUUCUGACCCCUUCACCAGCAGAGAAUAAUGGUAGCAGGGCGGUCUCUCCCUUUGCAAAGAUCCGCAGUUCCAUGGUGCAGGUGGCUAAUAUUACGCAAGCUGGUUUGACCCAAGGCAUUAACUUUGCAGUAGCUAAAGUCCAGAAGAGCCCAGCGGACCCAGAAUCUGUAAAUGAGAUUCAGCAAAAUGAACUGAGAGAAAUGUUUACACAGUGUCAGACACGAAUAAUUCAGAUCUAGUGUCUGAGCUGUUACAUUUGCUAA